UCCCGACGCAACCACGCCGGCGCUGCGUGGGGGCCCACGCUGGGCCUGGACUACGGCGCGCUGCCCUCAGGAGAAUCCCUGGGCAUUGCAGCGUUGGGAUGAGCGAGGCGGGUCCGCCUCCCGGUCGUCCGGCCAGAACAAGCCGCAGAGGGAAAGAUCUGACUUAGGCCUCCCCGUCUUCCUGGCUGCCUCCGGGCUUCGGGGAGCAGCGUGCUCAGCGGGGCGAGGCCUCCAGAGGGCGGCCGGGGAGACGUGACACCUGCAUCCCUGGCCCUGGCUCCCCGCGUGCGGCGGGCAGAGCGAAACGUGCUUUUCUUUUAUAGGUAAAAGGGACGAAUGCUUAAUUUGUAAAGUUCCAUGUCGUACGAUUCUGCUUUCAAAACAUACUCCGACAUCCGGGCGCUCUUUCUGGGCAUCGACGGCCUGUGUAGGAAGUACUCCAUGGAGACCUCCCAGGUUUCAGAAUUUCAGGAAAAGCACAGGAGGAGACUGCUGGCCUUCUAUGGAGAAAAGAUUUCCAGCUUGGAGGAGUCCCUCAGGAAGUCGGCGCUGCAGCUAGAGCAGCUGCAAAGCAUGAGAUUGGCCCAACAAACAGCUUUUGGCACAAUAAAAACUCCGGUUUCGACUCCCACUGCAAAGCCCAGCGGGCCUCUGUUCCUGCCACCUGACUCCUCGGCCUCUCAGAGCAGGGUGGAGUCCAUGGAAGUCGACCUCACCUCCUCCCCAAGGAGAAAACCCGAGGCCACGGCCGGCCCCGCAAGGAUCUCCGUGAUCAGUCCACCUCGAGACGGACGCAUGGGCAGCGUGGCCCACCACCCUCAGCACCUCAGCCUGACGCCACGUCGCUCCAGCGAACCCCAGGCUCCCAGGAUCCCAGCGCUGCGGCUCCCCUGUGAGGGGUGGACCGGGAGCCCAGCGCCCCCAGCGGCCAGCGGAGCGGGGAGAGGGGUGGCACCCAGGCCCCCCAUCAGCAUCGCGGGCCUGCUGCAGAGGCAGCAUUUAAGCAAGUGCUGCUUUGAAAAGUAAACGCUUUUCCCUGAAAUGCACGUGUGAGAAUGUCUGUGUGGUGAGAGCAGACACGAGACUGGAACUUGGAACGUUCUUAAGAAUCGUGUUCUGAGCGUCUCGGUGGUUUGGAACCGGUGGUGUCCGCAGUGAAUCCCACGUGGGUCAUGCUCUGGACACCUCCUGCAGGGUCUGCCGGCCUCAGGGUUCAGGUGCGGGAGUGAGAGGCCCCGCGUGCCCUCAGUCACGUCACAGCGCUGGCAAGUCCCUCGCGCAGUGGAUAAACAUCUCGGCCUUCAGAUGCCAGCGCUGGGGUGGGACGGGCACCACCUGUGGCCUCCCUGCUGGCUGCGUCUGGUCGCGACUUGGCUCCUGUUCAGCAGCAGUCUGUCUCCAGAUGUGGGCUCAUGGGUGACCUCCCCACGGGCAGUGUGCUCCCUCCUCACCCCACUGUCGGGACAGCGCCAGCUGGAAAACAGGCUUAUCGGGUUAAUUUUAGUCCUUUAUGGUGCGGUUACCUGAAACUUGUCCAGAAACUUCUGGAUCCUCCCACCUGGGUCAGGCCCACUGCCAAGGUGUGUAACAGGCAGGAAGCAGGUGCCACCCCUUCUGCACUUGGGAAGCCUGAGGCUGGGCAGGCCGUGCGCCUCCACGUGGGCUGGCGUUUCUGUGUGGGGCAGGGGCAGGAGGGAGCCCUGUGCGAGAUGACCAGCGUCCCAUGUCAGGAAAUGCCCACGUGUUAUAAAACCCUGAACAGUGCGGUGUUUCUGUGUGUGGGACGUGGGAAGGUAGGUGAGCAUGCCCGCAGAGAGGACUCUCGAGCGGACGACACGGCCACAGGCGUCGGGGGAGGCGGUGCUCCCUGCAGGCGGAGCCUGGCUCUGGGCUGGGGCCUGGGUGUCAGCCUGGCCCACGGUUCUAAACCCUUACUCUUCAUCCCCCGCCUCAUGCUCAUGUUUUCAGCAUUUCCUGUUCUUUGUUGCUUUUCACAUAUGAGUGUCGGUCAACCCUCAUCCACCCUACCCCUUGGGGUCAGCUGACCACUGGCAUCAGCAUGUCAAUUAUUUCAAUUAUCUCCAUUGGAAAGACAAAAUUAAAUAAAAUAUCCAAAUGUUGGUGCAA